CGAAGCAGGUAUGUUGCGCGCUCCUUAGUGCGUGCAUUCUUGCCACUUCGCGUCAUCUGUUUUCCGUUCAACGUUUUCGUCGUUCGCUUCACGCGCUGUCUAUCGAGCAAACGACCGCUGUCGUACCGUCUCGUUAACGCGUUCCAAUCGCAAUAAUCCGGGCAGAGUGCCGUUACACGAUUGAACGCGAUUUUUCAUGCGACGAACUGUCAAAAGAUCCGAUCGGUUGGAAGAGGCUGAGCAGUAUCCGUCGGGGCUUAUUUUCAUUCGACUGUGAAUACGGUAACGGAGUAACACGCUGUCACGUGUGACUACGCCCGUGAAAUUGUUGGCAAUUUGCGAUAACCCGCGGACCAUGAAUCGAGUUAGAAGACUUUAACGUUGUCCGUAGCGUAACGUAACGCGUGUUUACGGGUGCUCGUACGUACAACCGGUUAAGCACGUGGUGGACACGAUGCUCUUGAAAUUGGCAGUGUUGCUGUCCGUCCUCGUGCGGCCAGGUGCAAGUUACUUCAACCUCUUCCUCAGCCAAGCAGAAGUGCGGAAACUAAUGGGUCUCCAGGCGGAAUUGUUUUACGUGAGGGAGGGCGUCAUAAACGAGUACGCAAUUAAAUUUGUCGUGCCGGUGCCGGCGCAGGUUCACAAGCUGCAUUUCACUUGGGAAAAUCUCGCGGGCAGACCGUUGCCAUACGCGAUGUCGGUGGACAUCAGCAAUCCGUCGGCGUUGACCAGUUCCCUAAAUAUAUCUCAAGCUGGCGAAAUCCCGGUCGGUGGUCUCCAAACUUGGGCCUUGUCGUUGCACUGCGGCCUCUACGACGCGGAAGUCGAUCUGAGCCUUCGAAUAAAUGUCUCUUUAUCGAGACGGAACACGACCAGCUUGGACUUCAGGAGGAAGAAAAUAUGCCUGAAGGAUAAGAGCAACGUAGGAGCAGAAGAGGUUCUCGUCGCUGCUUCCGGUUCCACUUCGAGCGGACAAGUGUUCUACGCUGCCAUCGGUUGCGCUUGCGCCUUCAUUGCUGCCAUUUUCGUUCUGGUUAUCGCUUACUAUGUACGCGAUAAAAAAGCCAGGAGACAUCGUGAUCCUCUUCAGGAAUCGAGAGGACUUAGUUCCGCGUGCAGCGUGGAAAGAAGCACAGGAGUCGGACCUGCACAAACAUUUUUGUCUUCCGAAACACCUCCUCCAGCAUCCGCGACUUCCACUUCCACUUACAGACGAUUGGACGAUCGACCUAGCCGAGAAUUGCACGAAAGAAUCCAGGAAAUCACGGUUCAAAGAUGCAGGGUACGCCUUCUCAGCAUCGAAAUGGAAGGCACAUUCGGUCGCGUGUACAGAGGCAGUUAUCACGAGGAAGGCGCGACUUCCCCGAGGGAUGUCCUAGUGAAAACUGCUGCUGAACAUGCAUCACAAUCGCAGGUUGCUCUUCUCUUGCGAGAGGGUUUAGCGUUGUACGGUUUAAGUCAUCCGGUACUGCUCCCCGUUUUGGGUGUUUCCAUCGAGGACAGAAGCGCUCCGUUCCUUUUGUAUCCACACACCGGCUACAGGAACAUGAAGAGGUUCUUGCUGAGGUGCAAGUUGAGCAGCGAGGGGCCACCGAGGGCUCUCACCACGCAAGAAGUCGUGGAAAUGGCCCUUCAGGCUGCUAAAGGGGUACAGUAUCUUCACAGAAAGAGACUGGUACACAGAGACUUGGCCGCCAGAAAUUGCGUCGUCGACGAUGAUCUGAGGGUUCAAAUCACGGACAACGCCCUGGCCAGAGAUCUGUUCCCGCAAGAUUAUCAUUGUCUCGGCGACAACGAAAAUCGUCCGAUCAAGUGGCUAGCGAUUGAAAGCUUGCUCAAUAAAACGUUCAGCACUGCUUCCGAUGUGUGGGCAUUCGGUGUGUUGUUAUGGGAACUGAUGACGUUGGCUCAGCAACCGUACGUGGAGGUGGAUGCUUUCGAAAUGGCUUCGUAUCUCCGUGAUGGAUACAGAUUGGCACAGCCAAUCAAUUGUCCCGACGAGCUGUUCGCGGUGAUGGCUUAUUGCUGGGCGAUGUCCGCCGACGAGAGGCCAACGUUCAGCCAAUUGAUCGUCUGCCUUCAGGAUUUUCACACGCAGUUAACUAGAUACGUUUAAUCGCUAGAAAAACGCGUGGCAUCGCAUCCCCAUGGCGUUUCCAAGCUAUAUUGAAUCGUGGGAAGAGAGAAUUGAUGCGAACACGCCGGGAGCAUAUGUAUAUAAACAGUAGUACUUAAAAGAUUAAUGUUUAAAUUUGUCGAGAAAUGUCGAGUAAAUAUCGCAUGCAAUUUGCAAAUGCUAGGCUUGUCUAACGAGACUUCGAGUAGACGCGGGUAUAUGACGCGUAUUAAUAUUUGUAAUAGAGGGCAGUAAAGUGUAACAGUAGAGAUCGACGCAUAUAUCGUACGACCUGUUCCCACUUUAAACGUUAAGACUGAAUCGAAUAGUCCACGGAAUGGACACGUGUUCGCAAUUUAUCCGUAGAAGAUAGUCGAAUAUUUUCCAAGGAAUAAAAAAACAGCUGCCAAACUCCCUGUGUCAUCGUAAACUGCGAUUUCGAUUUAAUUCAGUUACACGGUACGGUGUAGAAAGUCCCCUUGAUGAAUUUCGAACGAUGCGAUACGCGUUUCGCUUGCCACGCGAGUGUUUCGAGUGUGCCAAUAUCCCUUUUUGUAUUUUUGUACAUAUUUACAUGCAUACUUACUGCAACGAGCUGCGAGGAAUGCCCCUAACCGAUAUCUGCAAGAACGUGAGAGGAAUCCGCUUUUUUCGAUCGUAAAAUACGUUUUUACAGCAGUAAUGCUAUUACCGUAAAACUUGGAACGUACCUGACCGAGUGUAAUACGUAUGCUCGAUUCAGCUAGAAAGUUUCAAGCUAAAGAGAAUGGAAAUUGUUAUACAAUACGUACUCCACAUCUUUUCACGAUUUUAAAUUGCAUACGUUUCUUAUUCGAUCUUAAACUUUCCAUAAAAAGUAAAUAAAAGUACAUACCACCCGAGUAGUAGCCUACACUCUCUUUUUUAUUCGUUGACAAACGUUGAUCGAUCAUCGAAACUUCGAUAUUUUUAUUUAUAACCUCAAAGAAAUUGUUGUCGAUCGAAUAAACGUCGCAAAUAAAUACGCUGCACGUCGGUUUUUAUUGUUUAUCUGUUGUUCGUUUACUUUGGUAUUGCCAAUAGUGAGAUAAUCGUUGCCAAAAAUUCUGACCGCUAAGUCUGUAUUUUCCAUGCAGAGGGCAUUUCUCUCCAGCGAUCCAGUAUACAUAUACAUGCGCGUUACCUAUAAAUAAAGAGUGCCCUCGACGCACGCUCGACUUGCCGAAAUCUAUGUACAUAGCGAAGAAGAGGCGACGUGGUCGAGAAACUACAUAUAUAAUGUACAAAUCGCGGGCGUUUACGAGCACAAUAAACUGAUUGA